CCUCCGCCCGCGGCUGUCAGUGUCGCCUGGAAAGGGAAGCGCGGCGCGGGCCAGUCGCUGCCCGGCCACCCUCGAGCUUGCCCGCCGCAGCGGCCGGAGCGUUUGCUUUGCAGCGCCAGAGGCGACCGGAUCGCGGCCCGCCUGGCAUCGCCCCCUCCGGACUGAGCCAGGGCGCCGGAUCCGGGCUGGCACCGCUUCGCGGAGUCGCUCCUGCGCCUUGCAAGGAGGCGCCUCGCUGCUCCCUUCUCCCGGUGCAAAGAGGCAGGAAACUUUGCCCCCCUCCGGAGAGCGGGGCGGUGGAGGCAGCUGGCUGCAAGGGGGCGUCUGCAGAGGGCAGCCAGCGAGCGAGCAUGCUUCGCGCGAGGGAAGAGGGGGCGCCUUGAGUCUCCUUGACGACCUCUUCGCUCUCCUUGGGCGAUUCGAGCAGCCGCCGGGGGGACCACAUCUCCUGCCCACCUCGUCGCCGCCGGACCCCCCAUUUGCCGUCUAAACAGCCCAAAGCGCAAAGGCUCGUCUGGAGGAAAAGUUGGCAGAGGAGCGGCUUGUUGGCUGAGCUGGUCGAGCAAUGGGCAGCACGGCCAUGGACACCAAGAAGAAAGAUGCUGCGGCUUCCAGCGGCAAGAAGAACUCGGGCCAGAAGAGACGCGUGCUGCGCGUGCACAUCCCGGAUCUUAGCUCCUUUGCGAUGCCAUUCCUGGAUGGAGAUGUGGACAGUUCAGAGAAACAUGCAUCGCGGAAGGCAGAAGACUGCUACAGCACGGGCAGCCCUUCCAAAGGACUUUUCCCGAAGGGGCUCCAGAGCCGGCCUUCCAGCCCUGCCUCAGCCCCUGUCAAAUCUAAGCACAGUCCGGGCUCGCCCAAAACGGUGUUCCCAUUCCCGUACCAGGAGUCCCCUCCGCGCACCCCUCGCCGGAUGAGCUUCAGUGGCAUCUUCCGGUCUUCCUCCAAAGACUCUUCCUCCCCCUCCUCAAACUCAUCUACCUCUCCUGGUGGCAUCAAGUUCUUCUCCAGGUCGAGAAAAACUUCUGGCCUCUCCUCUUCUCCAUCGACCCCAACCCAAGUGACCAAGCAGCCGACAUUUCCUCUGGAAUCUUAUAAGCAUGAACCUGAGAGGCUAGAAGCCCGGCUUCACGCCUCCUCAUCUCCCCCGGAUACGGGCCAGAGAUUCGGUCUGCCCCCAGGACAAAGCCUGCCCAGGCCUCCCACGCCUGCGUCCACCCCCUGCGCUACCUCAAAAGCCCCCCCGCCGGCCGCCUCCGAAGGGAUGCUGGAGAAACUGGAACUCGAGGAUGAAGCUGUCGGUGAAUCGGAAAGUGAUAUUUACAUGAGAUUCAUGAGGUCACACAAGUGUUAUGACAUUGUUCCAACGAGCUCAAAGCUUGUUGUCUUUGACACUACAUUGCAGGUAAAGAAGGCCUUCUUUGCCCUGGUGGCAAAUGGUGUUCGAGCAGCUCCAUUGUGGGAGAGUAAGAAACAAAGUUUUGUAGGAAUGUUAACUAUUACAGAUUUCAUUAAUAUACUGCAUAGAUACUAUAAAUCGCCAAUGGUACAAAUCUAUGAAUUAGAGGAGCACAAGAUUGAAACAUGGAGGGAGCUUUAUUUACAAGAAACCUUUAAGCCUUUAGUGAAUAUUUCACCAGAUGCAAGCCUUUUUGAUGCUGUGUAUUCACUGAUCAAAAACAAAAUCCACAGAUUGCCAGUUAUUGACCCUGUGAGUGGAAAUGCACUUUAUAUACUUACCCAUAAAAGAAUCCUCAAGUUCCUCCAGCUUUUUGUGUCAGAAAUGCCAAAGCCUGCCUUUAUGAAGAAAAAUCUGGAUGAGCUUGGGAUAGGAACAUACCACAACAUCGCCUUUAUACACCCAGACACUCCUAUCAUUAAAGCCUUGAAUAUAUUUGUAGAUAGAAGGAUAUCGGCUCUACCUGUUGUGGAUGAGUCAGGAAAAGUUGUAGAUAUUUAUUCCAAAUUUGAUGUAAUAAAUCUUGCUGCUGAAAAAACUUAUAAUAACUUAGAUAUCACAGUGACACAAGCCCUUCAACACCGCUCUCAGUAUUUUGAAGGUGUGGUGAAGUGCAGUAAGCUGGAAACGCUGGAGACCAUUGUGGACCGGAUAGUUAAAGCUGAGGUUCAUCGAUUGGUGGUAGUAAAUGAAGCAGAUAGUAUUGUUGGUAUCAUCUCCCUCUCUGAUAUCCUACAAGCAUUAGUGCUGACGCCAGCAGGUGCCAAACAGAAGGAAAGUGAAACUGAAUGAUUGUUGUGAACACAGAAGCAUUUGUAGAGGAUCUUGAAUAAUGUUGCUGGGUCAUAUUUGCCUCAAGAAUGCUGAUGGGCAGUAGAGAAGAGCAAAAUGGUGAUGAGAAUGUGUGUCUUGGGACUGAGUGAUGGGUAACUAGUCUAUUAUUCCCCAGUGGUCACUGCAGAACAAGCCGCAUGACAAAAAAGCUUAUGUAUUAAAAAAAGGCUUGCAUUUCAAAAUGUUUGCUGAAAGACUUCACAUGAUGUUCUUCAUCUAAAAUGCAAUGUAUCCUGAAACAAUACCAUUUUUGUAUUUGAUAGAAGUCACUGGUCAGCAACCGAUCUCUGACAUAAGGCAAGUGAAUGGCAUAUUCAUAUCAUAGUGCCUUAUGUCAAAAAGCCAACGAUAUGUCAUCACAGUUGCCCAUCACGACAGGAGGAAGUAAUGUGCUAAACAAGACACUGAAUUUGAAUGUUCAAGUCGCUAAACCUAAAACCAAAUCAGUUUCAGUUAUCAUUAGAUUUGUCAUAAGAACUGUAAUUUGAAUAUCAGUAGAUUACUUUAAAACUUUAAUGACAAUGUGUGUGUUUUUCAAAUGUUGCAUUCUGAACCAAGAUGGUUAAAAAAGACUGAUCUAAAAACCAGCUUUAUUUAUUUUUAUUUUCUUGCAAUUUUUUACACAUCUUUUGGUGGAUAGCUAAAACUUCACCAUAUCCAUUAAUAAAACAUUGAUUGUUAUA